AUGGAAGGGCACACAGCACACCAUGUGGUGAGUGACGACUUUGAGGACAUUGAUUUGGAAGAGUGCGUCCCAGAUGAGGCCGAGCUGCCAGACGUGGACUCCGACCUGGCCAAAACGCGGCUCGCGCGGCUGGUGGCCAUGAUUGAGCGAAUGGAGCCCACCCGCCCCGAGAUCAUGCGGGCGGUGCCCCUGCAUCGAGUGCUGGCGUGUGUGGGGAAGGUCUUCUGGACGGCGGAGGGAGAUUUCUUUCAGCUCAGCAAGGAGACGACAUCUUAUGAUGAGUUCUUGAGUCAUAGCUGGCAGGUCGAAAGCUGGAAGAAAGUCUUGCUCCUGAUGAUCUUGAAAAAUGGCUUUCCUGCCAGCGUGAUCGGUACUUCGGGAGCUUUGCUCAUGGUGGUACUUUGGCAGUUCGGUUUCCUACCUGGCUUUGUCAAGCUCGAGUUCCAGUUUUCCUUUUGGUGUUCUGUUGUUGGCAUGACCCUUGGGCUGUCGACCCUGAUAUUUUGGAGAUCUCACCGCUUAGUGUUUGUUGAUAGAAUGUGCAUCAAUCAAUUUGAUGGACGCAUGAAGGCUGAGAGAAUCAUGAACAUUGGAGCUAUGCUGAAGGCUUCCAAAUCCCUUCUUGUCGUUUGGGACGAAUCGUAUGCGGAUCGAUUGUGGUGCAUCUUCGAGCUCGCUGCAUUUCUGAAGGCUCAUCCAGAAGUGUCCAGCGGAAAAUCCAGAAUCCUGCAGGUGAAGCCCUUGAUGCUAGGUUUCACUGUAUGCAAUCUGUGUGUAUGUGUCUUUUUGGCUGGCACUUUUGGCGUGCUCAAUCCCGCAGAAGAUCUGAUGGUCAUUUGGUCAUUGCUGUUGUUGUUCAUGCUCUUCGAGGGCCUCUCAUUAAGCCAUACUGUCCGCGGAUACUAUCGAUCCUUGGAAGCGAGCAACCGUAAGCUGCAGCAGUUUGAGCUGCGCCAUUCUUUUUGCUGGUGUUGCAGUGUGAAUCACCUGAACCCUGCGAGUGGCCAGCCCAUUCAAGUGUGCGAUCGGGAGAUUGUUCGCCAAUGUGUGACCAGCUGGUUUGGCUCGGAGCAAGAAUUUGAUCAUUCGGUGCGAUCAGUUGUCGCCCAUGCACUUAAACAACAACUUGGAUGUGAUGCAUUUCCAUACACUUGGAUGCUUGGCUCCACCACGCCUCUCUUGUGGCCUCUAUUUGACUUUGUGGCAUCCUACCAAGGAGCAGAAAAGAUGCGUUACCUAGCCCCAAGCUGGGCGAUUAGGAUUCUGGCCUACUGGCUUUGGGGCAUUCCUUUUCCUGCAACGGUUGGGCUUUUCGCUGCACGCUGUUUGCGAGAAAAGGGGCAGAGCAGAUUCCGAGACUUUCUGAAGACUCUCUUGGUGAUCAUAAUCGCUGCGCCCUGCGGACUUGUGGUGAUCGGUUGGCAGAUUUACAUUGAGCUGAACUUUUUCGAUGAACUGCAGAGUGGUCAUGAGACAUGGGCUUCGUUGCUCUUCGUGGGUGGCUGUGCUGUGAUGUUUUGGGCGGCUCGAAAGGCUUAUCACCUCAGCAAUCAGCGCUUCUUCAAGAGCCUUACGCUGGCGACCUCAUAA